CUAUAAAAUAAUGCUUUGGAAUGAUGAUAACAAACUCAAAUUCACUUUGUCUUGUGCCUUCUUCUCACCCUCACAUAUCUUUCUAACUCUUCUUGUCCUAAUAAAAAUUCCACAGAUAUCCUCUCUCAAUUCUUUAGCAACUCAAGCAAGCUCCCAACAAUUUUUGUACGACAACAACAUAUCUAGUGAAAUCCCACAUGUUAGGUUAGAGUAUACAGACAUAUCCAGUGAAAUCCCACAUGUUAGGUUAGAGUGUAUAGGAACCAUAUCACGCUGUUUUUGAAAGACGCCCGGCUCAAGUGCAGCAAAUCCAGGUACAAUGAAAAUGGGUGACCAUCAAGAACAUAUAGUAAUGCUUCCAUUUCUUGCAAUUGGCCAUAUGAUUCCUUUCUUAGCCUUAGCCAAAAAAAUCCAACAAAGAACUAACUACAAAAUCACUCUUGUUAGCACCCCUUUGAAUGUCAAAUAUCUUAGUUCAACUAUAGCCAAAGAUUCAACAAAACAACUAGUACAAAAUCCAAAUAACAUUUCUUUAGUUUCACUUCCUUAUAAUGGUUCUCAACAUGGUUUACCACCUAAUAUAGAGAAUACAGAAGCCUUGCCUUUAAAAGACAUGGUGACAAUGUUCAACUCUACAUUAUCUCUUAAAGAACCACUCAAGAAAGUGAUCAUAGAGAUUAUUGAAAAAGAUGGUAAGCCACCACUUUGUGUAGUUUCUGAUACAUUUAUGGGAUUUGCUAGUGAAGUUGUAAGAUCUUGUGGUACUUACAAUGUGAGUUUCACUACUGGUGGUGCUUAUGGGACAACAGGUUAUGUAUCACAAUGGCUAAAUCUCCCUCACUUAUUAGCCACUCAUGAUGGUGUUUUCAAAAUGCCAGGAUUUGAUGAUUCUUGUUGUUUUUUCAGUGUUAAUCAACUUCAUCCUUUCAUGAAAUCAGCAAAUGGUAAUGAUCCUUGGUCUAAAGUGUUGAAAACUUUGUUAUCACCUUCUUUGGAUUCAUUAGGAUUCUUGUGUAAUAGUGUUGAGGAGAUUGAGCCUAUGGGAGUUAAAGCAAUCAAGAAUCUUACUAAACUUCCUGUUUGGUGCAUUGGACCUUUGCUUCCACAAUGUAUGCUUAAGAAAGGUGAAAAAGAUCAAAUCUUUGAACCAAGAAUUGGUAAAGAACAUGGAUUGUCACCAGAAGAAUGCAUAGAAUGGCUUAACAAACACCCUCAAAGAUCUGUUGUUUACGUAUCUUUUGGUUCACAAAACACAAUUAGUACAUCUCAAAUGAUGGCAUUGGCUAAGGGGUUGGAAGAUAGUGAAAGGCCAUUCAUUUGGGUUAUUAGACCACCUAUUGGAUUUCACAUAAAAGGUGAGUUUAGACCUGAAUGGUUACCAAAAGGGUUUCAAGAAAGAGUGGAAACUAGCCAAAAAGGUCUACUAGUGAAGUCUUGGGCACCACAAUUGCAAAUCUUGAGUCAUCCAUCAACUGGUGCAUUCUUGACUCAUUGCGGAUGGAAUUCGGUAUUGGAGAGUUUGAGUCAAGGGGUGCCUAUUAUUAGUUGGCCUUUGGCUGGUGAACAAGCUUUUAAUUCAAAGAUGUUAAUGGAGGAAAUGGGGGUUUGUGUUGAGUUAACUAGAUGGUCUUCAAGUGAUAUUGAAAAAGAGGAUGUGAAGAAAGUGGUCGACAUUGUUUUGGGUGAAAGUGGAAAAGGGAAAGAUAUGAAGGAAAAGGCUAAUGAAAUUGGGAUGUGUAUUAAAGGUGCUGUUAAGGAAGAGGGGGAUUUCAAAGGUUCUUCUGUUAAAGCAUUGGAUGAUUUCAUAUCUACACUACUUUGUAGAAGAAAUAUGUCAUCUUAAGAAGGAAAAGAAAAAUGUUAGGUAACGCCAACUUCCUGCCUAUGUCACGGUCCAUAAGGGAGCUAGGUGGCUCUGGUGGGAGUUAUGAUAGAAUGUGAAAUUUGCUUGGUGGGUUUCAUUGAGUGAUAAAGUUGCACCCUUGCUAUCAGCUUAUACCUUUUGGCAUGAUGACGAGCAAUUUGAUCCAAACAAGAGUUAAAAGAAGAUGCAGAGUUUCCUGUUUUAUGCUUUAACAGUUUUAUUUCAAUUGUAGUUUCAUGUCAAUUGGACUGUUUUAACAGUUCUAUUUCAAUCUAUUUUUCUAGAUCUA